UUUGACAGAACUAGAUACAACUUUUUUUUUUACUGAAUCAAAGGGAUCUAUAUUAUUUUCGGCCAGUCUUCUUGCUUUCAUGUCUAUGUAUUGUGGUGAAGAUGGUGAAAUUCUGGUGGAUGUUCAUAUUCUUUGCGAAAACGGCAUCAGGUAGUGAUAAUGAAUUGCCGGACCAAGAGGAAGGAAAGGAGUCGCGUUUCCUUCCUCUGUUUGAAGUAAAACGUUUCGACGGAAGACCACCAGUGCACAGUAUCGGUCCCGUUGGGUUGCCGCCGCUAACGAAUGUCCCAAUUGCUGGUGAGAGAUGCUCAGCUCGACUGGAAUCUGCACUGGACCAAUUGAAGAGGAGAAAAAGGAAUCAACCAAAAAAUCUAGACACGCCACUGAGUCAAAGUAUAGAUCUGAAUGGCUACAGUUUAUACCAACAAAUGAGAACAGCUCCUGUUGAUAUGUACGUGACUAGAAUGCGUGUACGAUUACCACAGAACAGUAAUUGGGUACGUGUAGAAAAAUGCUACUUCGAUCCUCGGAACACCUCCCUGGACACCAUGCUUCUGUUCCACGAUAUAACCAUUAGCGGUAAUGUUGACUUGUAUGACGCUAACGAACUGGAUCGUAAUCUUCCUCCGAGUCGUAACCUGAGAAGGAAUUACGUGGAACCACGUCCAUAUGACGCACCAUACCCUGUAGACACGUACCCAAGACACCCUGGGGGUAAUGGCUGCAAUAUGAUCUUACGGUUACGCAAAGCCGGAAUCGGUUUCCAUACAAGACCUCUAAACCAACAACCCGGAAAGUUCAAUGUCAAAACUGAUUCAGAAUUUGUCGAGCCAGGUUUCAUAAGCGUUUAUGCUUACGGCUGUGAGAAAUAUAUAAACAGAAACUCCAUCAGAAACAAGGAUAACCUUCCUUUGAGGCGUAGAAGGAGAUCUGAUGAAUUUACAUUUGAACCAGAAUUAGAGCAGCGUUAUAUGGAUAAAUCUGACAGUAGAUCUGCAGAUAACAACUGGGAUAUCAUUUAUGAACCACGCAGCAAUAGAGUUAACUAUGAAAGAAGUAAACUUUUCAGGCCAGAUGAUGAUUUGGAGGAGGUAGAAGAUAUAUCUCGAGAAAUGGAAGAUAUAUUUACAAAAGGCAUAAGAACUCUUUUAACAACUUACAUGAAAAAGGAAUUGCAACCAGCCAUUAAGGAUACUCUAAUGAGAAAUAUGGGUUAUGUAAUAUCAUAUGGUUAGGAUUUAGGGAUAUUAGACAGGUAUAAUGGGAUGUAAUGUAAUAUAUAGUACCUAUUUAUUAGUUCAAUAAAGUGUAUAUUCUAUAAAUUUUAUAAAUGAAGGAGGGUAUGAAUAAGGAUAUAUGAAUUUAUUAAUGAAUACCUGCUUAGUCAUAGAAUUAUAAUUAUUGCUUAUAUGUACAUCACUUUUUCAUGCAUAUCAUAGAAAAAGGCAUUUUGUUUUGAACAGAACUAAUUUAAUAAAUAAAUAUAAAACAAAAAAGGCUGUUUUAAAUCCUUACAUACUAAGAAAAAAUAUUAAUAAUAAUAUCACAGUACUCACAGCAAUUCUAUCAGAUUAUGUUGUAUUCGAAUAUAUCAUAGUGUACUAGUCUAAGACUAUAGUAUUAAAAUUAACUAACUAGGUGUCUGGAAAUUAUUUCACAUAGGAACAUUAGGUUUAAUAUAAUUGUUCAGUACA